AUGACAGAGGUUUUAGACAAGAACGAGGUGUAUAACAAUGCUUAUGAACUUAAGGAGCCUGAGCCUGAGCAUUGUCCUGGUCCGGAAUCCGAAAAUGCAGGGAAAGGUGAUGCUUGCCAAGGUUGUGCAAAUAAAGAGAUAUGCGAAUCUUUACCCAAGGGUCCUGAUCCUGACAUUCCUUUAAUAACAGAUAAUCUUUCAAAUAUCAAGCAUAAAAUAUUGGUUCUGUCAGGAAAGGGGGGUGUUGGUAAAUCGACUUUUACUAGCAUGCUAAGUUGGGCUUUGUCUGCAGAUGAAGAGUUACAAGUUGGUGCGAUGGAUUUGGAUAUAUGUGGACCUUCGUUGCCGCACAUGCUUGGAUGUGUGAAGGAGAUUGUGCAUGAGUCUAGUGUAGGCUGGACGCCCGUAUAUGUGGCAGAUAAUUUGGCUACGAUAUCUAUACAGUUAAUGUUACCAGACGACGACUCAGCAAUUAUAUGGAGAGGUUCAAAGAAGAAUGCGUUAAUAAAGCGGUUUUUAAAGGAUGUAUAUUGGGAUGAUCUUGAUUAUUUGAUCAUAGAUACUCCUCCAGGUACAUCGGACGAGCAUAUUUCUGUUAACAACUUUAUGAAAGAAUCUGGUAUUGAUGGCGCUCUAAUAGUAACCACUCCUCAGGAAGUUGCUUUACUUGAUGUAAGGAAAGAAAUUAACUUUUGCAAGAAGGCAGGUAUUAAGAUAUUAGGAUUAGUCGAAAAUAUGAGUGGGUUCGUAUGCCCAAACUGCAAAGGUGAGUCUACCAUUUUCAAACCAACUACAGGCGGUGGCAAAGCAUUAUGCAAAGAGUUGGGUAUCAAAUUUCUUGGUUCUGUACCUAUAGAUUCACGUAUUGGUCAGUGCUGCGAUAGAGGGGAAAGCUUUUUGGAUAUUUUCCCCGACAGUCCAGCCUCCAAUGCCAUUCUUAAUGUGGUGGAAUCAUUACGGGAUGCUGUUGGGGAUUUUUAG